AUGGAUUCCCAAAGCAUUCGUGACCUUGAGUCGGAGAAGAAGAUUUGGUCAGGUCAAUGUCGUGUUUCCAGAAUGUGGGUUGGGGUGAAUGUACAUACAAACAAAGUUCUCCAUCUUGACCUCAUUUUGAUGGAUUCAAAGGGCAAUGAUAUCUGGGUACAAAUCCCUCCUGUGUUGAUAGAAAAGUUUAAGACGAUGCUGAAGGAGAACCAUGUUUACAUUAUCAAGAACUUCGAUAUCAAUACAACUGGACUGAAAUAUCGACCUAUUGGGAAUCCAUAUUUGAUACAAUUUAGUAGGAAGACAAUUGUUCAUCAUGUUCCUGAAGUUCCUGCAAUUCCAACCUUCAAAUUCAGUUUCCUAAAUGCAAGUCAGAUGGCGGGCAAAUUGGGUCAUGUUGAGAUUCUUUCAGAUGUUGUUGGUCAACUGCGCACACAUUCAGAUGCAAUUACUACUACCAGCCUUACUCGGAAAACUAUAAGGAAAGAGCUCACAUUGCAAUUGAUUGAAUACCGUGUUCAACUUGAAGUCCAAAGUUAUUUGAAGUCAGCAGUAUUUGUACUCUUUGAGUAUGAAGGGAAGCGAUACUUUGGAUUGAGUGGUCAUGAACUAUUCCUGAAAAAUGGGCAGAAUGGUGACUUGCCACCUGAUGAAUUGCUUCAACUGGGAGAAGGUUAUAUGAUUCACAAAGAUGGAUCAUCUUCUUCUAUUGCGAGUGGGCCUGCAUGUUCUCAACCCUCCUCUGAUCAUUCUGGACAGUCUGCUAUUGGAAAAUCGAUUGAAACACCAGUGGAUUCUGAUGGAACUCCAGACAACAAAUUGAAGAGGAAGAUGCCCCUGGAAUGA